CAAUCGAGUUUAGGGUAAAGAUGAUGCCUACUUGUCACUAUGGGAUUGAACCCUCUCAUACUUUUAAUUACUCUAUGUAUAUAGUCAUAUGAAUGACAGCCAACGAAGCGAGCAUAUAACCUAUAAAUUUGCUUGUUCUGUUAUAAACCAAACAACUAAAAUCCCAAACAAAGCAGUACAUAUACAUAUUUCGGGUUAUUAUUUAAAUAAUCCGCAUGUACUAAAUGCCCUAAACAUGUCAGAAACACUAGCAGAACUGUUAUUCUUCGAUACCUUCGCCCAUGACAGCACUGAGGAAAUAAACUUGGACUUGGUGCAAUUUCCUAAGCCCGUCUACAUAACCGAAGUGCGUAUAAUACCUUUAGGAGCUAAAGUACAAGCUGAUUUUCCUGGUGGGGUUAGGUUAGGAGCCACCAACCCGAGUCAAUUUCAAAUUGAUUUCCUUGUUAAUGAUUUGGGAAAACCUGGAGCUAGCACCUUUGAAACAUUAGGAUCCUUUGAGUACGACCAAAAUGGUAAAAUUAAUUUGGAGUGUGCUCCUGAUGAGACUGUAAGAAAGAUACCCACUGAUGGCUUAGUCCUUAAGGGCCUCUACACAACAAUCACCCUCGCGGUAUAUGGAAAAAUAACUAAUAACCUUGCAGAACAUCUAAUUCAACCUAUAGUAAACCCCACUCUACCAAAUCAACUUACUACCAUACCAGAAACCCAAGUGAAUACCCCGAUAGUCCCCGUGGAACCAGAGUGGUCUCAGGAUGACAGUUCUCAGCAGCAACCCAUUCCCGAAUAUCCGAACCAAGUCCAAACAAACUUCCCGGCCUAUGGGCACCAGCCAGAACCAUUUCCUCAGCACCAAGAGCCUUACCAGGAAUAUUACAGUGAUCCUCCCAAGGAUCCUAGGGGCUACCAUCAUACUCCUGAGACUGAGUGGGAAAGUAAAAGCAGCAAUAGAGCUAGAGGUGAAAGUGAUAGAGGGGAGAGAACUAGAGAUAUUUAUCAGGAGAGAGAAGUUUUGGAUAGAAGAGAGAGAAGGUAUUCAAGAUCAGAAAGUAAAGACCGAGAUAGGAAAGACUACCAUCAUGAAAGCGGUCGGGAUAGGGACCAUGAAAGGAUGGAAUAUAGCAGGUCUGACAGAGAUAGAGGAGAUAUGGACUGGCAAGAUAACGACCGCGAGAGAGAUAGAGACAGGGAUAGAGCACAUGACAGGGAUAGGGAAAGAACCAGAGAAAGCAGAAGGCAUGAUGAUGGCAACUAUAGAAGGUCUGAUUGGUAUAGGGAAGACCGGGAGGAUCGUAAACGGCCGAAAACCCCACCAAUUCAAAGCCCAAAAAGGCCACAUUCGCCUCCCCGUUCCGAACAAAGUAAGGAUUCUACCUCCACUUCACUAAAAGAUGAUCAAAGUGUUGCCGAAGAGACCUCUGAGAAACCAAGGAGAGAGUCCAAGGAUGAAAAAGCUAAAGGAGUUGAUGAUACAGACGGUAUUAAAGAUAGCAAAACUCCCCCUGUAGAAGAAGCCCCUCUACCGGACGUAGAAGAAUUCGAACCGAUUUUAAGUGACGAAGACAUAUUGGAUGACAAUGAACAUUAUCAAGAAGAAUACGAUUACACGGCUUAUACGAAUAAUGACGACAUUAUUAAGCAAUUUGUGCCGGGCGUCACCGAGUUGAAGAAAUGCCCCAAAACUAAAUAUUACUCAAUCAAUGAUAAUGCCAUUGAGGUUGAGGAAAAUUUGAAGACAUCUAUUGCCAUAGGGGAUGAUUAUCUGAAAUCCAGCAUCACCAAAUACGAGCUGGCUAAUUUUAGAAAUCACAAUGCGGAAAUUAAGGAGGAGUUUGUUCAUCUUUGUGAGAAACUUAUGGGGGUGAUUGGAGACGCAACGACCUUCACGGAAAUCAUGAAAGUCCAUAAUGCCAUUCGUUCGCUUGUAACUUCGAAACUAUCCGCGGAAAACAAGGAAUUGCUAGACCAAACAGUUUUUGUCAUAGAAACUAUCACUGAUUGGCUUAAAAUCUCUUUAAACUAUGAUUUGGCCAAUUGUCAGGAACAACCUGCGUAUAAAAUUAGACAUAUUAAGUGUGGGGUCAGAUUAACGGAAUGGUUAUGCAGCAGCGAGGAGUACAUAGAGUACAUAUGGAAUCAAGGAUUUAACCUUCACCAAGAGCUGCUUAAUCUAUACCAGCAAGAAUUCAUGGCCCUUUCCAUAAAACUGAUGAUCCUAAAAGCCCUAGAUUCUUACUUACUGCACAAGUUCGCCAUUGAAAAAUUCUUACAAGGAAACCAAGCUAACGUAACCGAGAACGGACAUUUAAUAGAUAAUAUUGCGGCUAACAAUUCAAACGGGUACAAAACCAUCGUGGAAGCUAUGCAAAAGAACCCGCUGGUCCGAGAAAAGUUCGCCCUAAGUUCCAUCAUAAGAAAACUAAACGUUUACGAGAUCAUGUAUAAGAUCCACAGCAUCUUAAUCAAACUUAAAAACGUCUCGCACGACAUCUCCGCCGAGGAAAUCAACCUGAUAACGAAAUCUUUAAAUCAGAUUUUGAGUUAUUGUAACAGCGGCCCGUUCAGCCUCUCGCAACCCAAGAGAUUUUUACCGGUGGCGGCCCAGUUUGAAAUAAUCCGCACCGAAACAAAUAACGUGUUGGUGCGCUAUUUUAAAAUGUUCAAUUUGCUCCAGUGCUUCGUCUUAUUGCUUACGUCACCCAGUACGUUGAACUUACCGCCAAUUAAAACCCCUAUAUUUGAUAUAGUGUCCGUGUUACUCGAUACCGUUGAAGGGUUGGAAUAUUUGUCGGAAAACUGUGAAACUAUUAACGUUUUACUAAAGUGCUUGCUAAGAACCGAUGAGGAGAUGCAGUAUAGUAUUAACGAUAGUAUUGAGCUGCAUAGUCACAACUUGGGACUUAAAAUCGCUUAUAAAAUUCAAAGUUUGUAUCACGUAGAAUGCUUACUGGAUAUGGGUAAAAAAUGCAAUUACGACUGUAAUUCUUUAGAAAUUAUCGAUCACUUACAUAACUUGUUUUGCUUAACGUUCAGUACGGUAGGGAAGUUUUGUGUGGGCGAAACCCUUGCCAUGGGAGGAAACAUUAUAUCGCAACUUCAGUUUAUUGAAGAAUCAUCUUUAAUGAAACUCAAGCAAAGUCCUGCGGCCGAAUAUAUUUUAGAUCUGAUUUAUUUCCCCGUAGUAGUAAUUGCCAAUGUGAGUUUUUUGGAAAAAUACGCCCACAGGAUCAGGGACGCCAUUAACAUGCUCUACGAUCCAGUGUUAUCUAGUAAAAUCAACGAAAUUAAGACUUAUUUGAUGCCCCUAGAUAACAUUAAUGCCUUGUCUUAUGACAACAUUGCCCCCUUCGUAGAUAUCAUUAAUAGACAUACUGAAACAGUGAUCUCUCACCCGGGUUCAUUGGUAACCUGCUUAAGAAUCCUCAAGCAUUUAGGAAUAUCACCGUUUAACAACAAAAGCCCGAUUAUAAGCGAAAACCCGCUUUGCAACUACGUGGAACUGAAAUAUAAGCAUGUGAUUUUGCAACUUUACUCGCUGGACGGGGUGACAAUUUUAGUGAAACUACUGCAGAAGUUGUGCAACCAUUUCGAGCAACCCGGUUUGCACAGUUCCAUCUUUGUAUCCAACCAAGGAAUCGGUUUAGUGAAUAUCAUUUAUCCGACGAUCGUUUUGCUGAGUAAAAUGAUGGCAUACGUCAUUCAGUGCAGGAAUACUGAGUUUAAAGACUUGACUGCUGUACCGGUAUUAUUGCAAACGUAUAAUCUGUUAAGCAGUUUUCCGGUCAGCGAAAUGGUGAGAGAAUGUAAAAUUGCUAUUGUGGAAUCGUUGCUGGUGUAUACUCAACCGAUUUCCGAUGAGGUACAUGAAAAAGACUCGAUCAGCAAAACCCUGUGGGCCCAAAUGCUCGGCGAGGUGAUAAAGUUCAUAACUACCGCCCCGUACACCUUCGUGUCCGGACUUCUGGUUUUGUCGGAACUUCUACCUUUGCCGCUUCCGAUUCAAACCAGAGACGACUUGACGAAACAAGAAAUCUCCUGGAUCAUCAACCUGAGGAAACUCUGGUCUGCCCACCUCCAUCCUCACAGCGCUUUACUUCAGGACACCAUCAAUAAAAUCUGUAUUUCGUCUCAGCCGCAACUAUUAAACCUUCUGCGGAGGAUUUGCAUCCAAAUCUCUGAUCUGGCGGCGAAUUCUGCUUUGAUGAUCGCCAAGGGCUUCUUGGAUACGAUUUAUAACGCCCUGCUUUCGAACGAGAAGAACGUUUGUUCCAGCCACGUUGCGCGAUUGUUAAAUUUCUUGGCUUGUUUAGUCACCCAUAGUCCGAUUAAAUGUGCCGUCUUACAUCUGGUGCAUUCGGACGCCAACAUCACCGGAAAAAGUGAAAAGUAUUCCGGUUUAAUACCGAUAUUUUCUCAGAUAGUGAAAACGAGCGAUUUAUCGAACAAUCAUAUACAAGCGCAAGAGUGUAUUUUGAGCGUUGUGCAGAGCUUAUGCGACAUUGAAAUCAGUUUGCUGCAGAGUCCCGAGCAAGCAGAUAUGAAGGUGUCUUCAGAAGUUUACUUGGCGAACUCUUUGCCUAUCAAGGAACACCUGCAAAGUUUUAUCGAUAUGAUCCUGGACCAUUUGGCCAUUGAAAAUUCCUUUGUCACGUAUUUGCCUAUAGUAAGGACCUUGUUGCUCCUCACCGAACAUGACUAUGGAUUUUAUCAUCUCAGAGAAAAGCUCGUAAAGAGGGACAAGAUUUUCUUGGUCAUAUUGAACAAGUUAAGAAAAGAGUUUGCCAAGAAUAGUCCGGAAUGUUUGUCCACUUUGAAUACGUUGGUGGAGUUUUUGAGAGUUUGUUUGACCACGGAGGAGGAUGAUGAGGGCAACAUGUUGUACGAUCCAAGGACCAUCACUUUAGGUGUUGGCGAGGUGAAAAGUUUGAUCGGUUGGAGUUCGGAUAGUGAGGAGAAUAGUAAGCAUCCAUUUGUGCUUCUGGAAGAGAUUUUAAAGAAAGAAACCGAAGAUGACAGCAGUUUCGAAACGAUUCUUGAAGGACUGUCGUUAUUCUUAAAGCAGCUUCAAAGCGUAGACCAUUCCGAAAUAAAAUCAGAGAACCAUAGAGAGGUUUUCUUGCCAGAACCAGAACCUUUACUAACACAACAUUCUUGUAGAAUAGUUUUCAAUUCCUCAGAUGCCUGCGACGAAAGACUAACAGAUCGAUACUGGUUAGUAACACCAGCUGAAGAAGGCGAGGGAGAGUUAGAAACGAUCCAGUGCGAUUUGUUUGAAAUUUGCCGUCAGUUACCGUCGGAUUUCAAUUUAAUCAAAGAGGUCGAAAAACUGUGCAGGAUUUCACGUACGGAGCCGACGAAUAUGAAUAAAAUCUUGAAGCACAGCGAUGACCAAAGGGUAAAAACUAGGAAACCGUUCAUUACACCUAUGAGGCCCAGAGGGUUUCCUAGAACAGCCCCUCAGAGACCCGAUUUGUUCAGAUCACGACCUCCAAACACAUCCAGGCCCCCUUCGCUCCACGUCGAUGACUUUGUCGCUUUGGAAACAUGUGGGGCUCAACCCACUGGACCAACAGGGUAUAACAAAUUAAGUAGAGAGAUUUUAGCCUCAACAAGGAUGGCAAGAGGUUCGAGAGGCAGAGCCUUCGUUACUUCAGAGCGGAGUAUGCAGUAUAAUAGACAAGUGCCGUGGUGGGGGGCACCGAUGGGACGAGGACCUUACUUUUAAUUGUGAUAUAAUUUUAAAAAACUGUUUGAAACAUUCUACUUCAAAUUGCGUAUUUUGUUAAGAUCUUUUUAGUGUUUUUACGUUUCAAUUAGUAUAGUGACUUAAUCUAUUUUUGUGUUACUCCGAACUGUACACAUCGUCCAUGUUUUUACAAAGUGGCGAAUAUCAAAUAGUAAAAUUUUACAGAACAGCCAAUUUAAAAAUUCCAAAAUAUUCAA